UGAUAUUUGGCCCCAUCAGCAGUAAUAUUUAUGUAUUCGUCUUCCUCAUCCACCCUUCAUUUAGCCCAAAACGCAGAAGAUUACCAAAAGCAAUAAUGGCUUCCAAUGCAAUGAUGAUGAGCUGCGGCGGUGUACCCACGGUUUGCUCCUCACUUCUCUCUUCUUCCAAGUCCAAAUUCGCCUCCGCCCUGCCGUUGACCGGCAUCCCCGCAAAAGUGGCCGCCGCCACCGCCAAGGCCACCAUGUCCUCGGACUGGAUGCCCGGCCAGCCCCGCCCACCCUACCUCGAUGGCUCUGCUCCUGGAGACUAUGGGUUCGACCCGCUUGGACUAGGGGAGAUUCCAGGAAUCCUCGAGAGAUACAAGGAAUCUGAACUUAUCCAUUGCAGAUGGGCUAUGCUUGCUGUGCCUGGUAUGAUAAUCCCAGAGGCAAUGGGGUUGGGGAAUUGGGUGAAGGCACAAGAGUGGGCAGCAAUUCCAGGAGGGCAGGGGACAUACCUAGGACAACCCGUCCCAUGGGGCACCCUCCCCACCAUCCUCGUCAUCGAGUUUCUCGCCAUUGCGUUUGUAGAGCAUCAAAGAAGCAUGGAGAAAGACGCGGAAAAGAAGAAGUACCCCGGUGGAGCUUUUGAUCCCUUGGGCUACUCCAAGCAGGAUCCUGCAAAGUUCCAUGAGCUCAAGGUCAAGGAAAUCAAGAACGGACGGCUAGCAUUGUUGGCAUUCGUAGGAAUAUGCGUUCAACAGUCGGUGUACCCGGGAACAGGACCGCUGGAGAACUUGGCAGCUCACUUAGCUGAUCCAUGGCACACCAACAUCGGAGACAUAAUUAUCCCUCCUACUGUGUUCCCUUAGAUAAAAACAAAGUUAACAGGCGUCAUAAAUUUACUUGUGAUCUUAUUUUGUUAUGAUUUUAAAGGUGAUCCAUGAAUCAGAUAGUGUAAAUCUCCCGUGAAAGGAUUAACUAUGUAUUGGCAUCCAGUUGAGUUUUACUUAUGCAGUUAUGCAUCAUCAUUAGUGUAAUGUUAGGCAAUGCUAAAUGUGGGCAUGUUGGUUAAAUGCAUCUGGUACAUGUAAAUAUGUAAUCAUCACUUGUUAAGGGCAAUUACUUCUUAAUAAAUGUGUCAUAUAAUGAUGACUAAUGGCAUCGCAUGUAGUUUCACUUGUGCUUCAUUCUACCUCCAAUGUAAUUAUAUAAUGUAAUGCUAAGCUUGUGCUAUUUAGGAUGUUUGGGGAUAAUAUUGGCCGUUUUGAAUGUUUGGAUGAGAAUUGAGGACACGUUUGGUGGAUCUUGG